CCAAAAUAACCAAAUCAACCAAACCCAUAAAAACCUACCCCAAGUCCGAAAAUCUCCAUUCUUGGACAUUCAAGGUCCGAAUUCUUCCCAAAAAAUCUCAACCAACACCAUAUUCUUGCUCUUCUCACCAUCCUCUUCAACAUCAUACCCAUAAAAGCCAUCCGAACUUCACCCUAGCCAAAAGUCCGAAAAUCCCUCAAGAAAAACCCAAAAAAAAAAUUACCUUCAAUGGCUCCAAGAAAAUCAAAAGCCUCUUCCUCAAGGGGUAACCGAGCUAUACCACCGGUGUCGGGCUAUGAGAAUGUGGAUUUGGCUACGGAAGCUCAAAGGGAAAGCUUCAUCAACCAAACAAAGAGGGAGGUAAAACAAUCCCGUUUUAUGUGCUUAACUACUUUAGCACUACUAUGGAUUGAUACCGUGAUGCAUGACAUAUUUGCGAGAAUUGGAAUGACUAGAGUCUUUGACAUGCAAUAUGUGACAUAUCCUCAUUUGGUGUAUGAAUUUUUUAGCUCAUUUGCGUAUACAAAAGAUGUGGAUGAUCAUGCAAAUGACAUAAUCACCUUUCGUUUACUAAAUGAGAAUUGUUCAUUAACCAAAAGAGAAUUUGCUCAACAUUUUGGCCUCCCAUGGUUUGAUGAAGCACGUACAUAUGAUUCUCUUGUGGGGUAUGAGUUGUGGAAAAGAAUGACAGGAAAACCUGUGGUUGAUCUUUCUAAGCUGAGCGUGAACCGUGUGCAACAUCCGGUCUUCCGACUAUUCUUAAAAUUUUGCUCAAAUUGUUUUCUCGGAAGACCAAAUAAUCAUCACACGCGAAUUUGGGAUGUGUGUGUUCUUGCACAAGCUGUUUUGCCUGGCCCGGAUCAAGUUGAUGUUGCCACCAUCUUAUGGACCCAUUUUUACAACGUAGCAACAUCAACGGGACCAAUUGUGAUGGGGGGCCUAAUCACACAUCUAGCCACUUUAUAUGGUUUUAUAGACCCCGGCCCCAUCACCUCAAGACAACUUAUUUGCACUGAAUGGCUUGUAACAAAGACCCUAGGCUUGGUACCCUCUCACAAAACACCAAUCGGGGCACAAGUCUAUAAUUGGCGCAUCCUCCCACGCACUUCCAUCUACCUCCAAAUACCCUCGGCCGACGUCCCCCUGGAUAUCAUCGAUCACCAAAUCGGGGAUGGUCAUCACUAUUGUCUUCCCGGGGCAAUCCCGGAUCAUUAUGAAGAACCCAUCCAUGAUGAAGAUGAUGAAGCACCCCCACUCAUACCCGAAGAACCCCCGAUCAUACCCGAACAACCACAACCUCAAGUAUUUCACUACACACCUUUCGAGCAACAAAUGCUCGAAAACAUGGCCAAGCUCAACAACAACUACACCCAACUUCGGGAUGAAGUUGGACUGUAUCGUACCGAGCACAGAAAGAGCAUUGAGAGGAUGGAGGAGCAGCGGCAAGCAGACUGGCAUAGGUAUGAGGAGGACCGGCGGAGAUAUGAGGAGGAUCAGCGUAGGACCUAUGGUGCUUUAUACUCCUAUGUGGCACACCAGAGUGGAUUUGAAUCUAUGGCAAAUCCCCCCCCCCCUCCGCACCCUCUUGGUACGAUCAGACUACAUGGGGUUAUUUUGGAGGCUCGAGUUCCGGUGGUGGAGGCGAUGAUGAUGGUUAUGGCGGGGAUCACAUGGAUGAGGACAUACACCAUGGGGGAGGUAUGGGCGGGCACUAGGGACAGUGCAAUGACCUAGCUGGGGGGAGACUGUUCUGGAUCCUAAGGGUGAUGAUGAAAGGAGUUCAUUGGUGGGAGAACCGAUUUUGAAGACCCCUUGAUGGUGGGGAUAUUUUGUAAUCAUUUUGCUUCUAGAUACACUUUAUGAUGGUUGUUUUGAUACUUUUGUUUUGAAGACUUCAUGGACAUGAUUUGUUUUACUCGAGACGAGUAAAACUUCAAGUUUGGGGGUAUUUGAUAUGCACUAGUUAGUAGUGCAUAAAUCUGUGUUUUUAU